CGGGUUAAACGAAGAGCAUUGUCAAGAGCUGGAUAGUGUAGCCUAUGCGGACUUAAACACAAUUCAAGGUAAAUCUGAAGAGGCCUUGAGUCUUCUGCUUUGGUUCAAAUAUGUAUUCAACCGUAACUGUGGAGUACAGAAAUGCAGUACUUUGAGAACCUGUGAUGAGGAGGGACUGGGGCCAUUACCUGCUCAGCGACUAAAAGCAUUCACACAGCUGAACUUCUUCGAAGAAGAGGGCAAAUCCAAAAACUCUGGGAUCUGCAGCAACUCAUCUCCCAAGCACAGACAUGGCAGAGGUCAACUCAAUUAAUUCCUCUUCCUGCAGUGCUGCCACAUUAAGAUUCAUCCGCAAACAUACGUCUGAACCAUCAGCUGGCUCCAGCUCACCAUCGUCCGGCUUCAGCUCACCAUCGUCCUGCAAAGAUGUCAGGGCCACUCUUGGUCAUGGAUACCCAAAGGAUAUUGCAGCCAUAUGUGCCCAAACGCCAUACUGUUUGUACCUGUAUGUGGGUGUGGAACUGGGAGAGCAGGAAACAGGAAAUGUGAUCUUGAUCGGGUUCUUUGACCAAACGGUUGGAAACUAUUGUUUGCGUAUACUGGAUGUUAUCCAGCCCAUGGAGGAUACAGAGACAAGUCUGAUAGAGACGUUGGACAGGUUUGAUAUUCCAGUGGAAAACCUCACCGUGUUUUACUCCAAUUUGGUGGACCGUGACCAGAGCAGUGUGUUCACAUUGGGUCUAAAAGCCAUGCAGUCUUCAGUGGUGUCAUUGUGUGGCCUUGUGAGUUUGACAGCACAAGCGUGUCAUGAGGGUCUCACAGCAACAGGACAUUAUGAGCAGGUCUUAGAACUUCUCAGGAAGAUGUCUGUGCACAACUCUUCGUCUGUCACCAAUGAUACUCUAAAGCAGCUCUUCAGUGACUUGGCAAAGCUGGACACUAAUCGCCCUUUAACUAUGCAGUCCUUGCUAUUCAUCAGGACUCUUGGUAAUAUUUCCAGUCGUUGGUCUACACUGACCAAAUACUUUGGUUCUCAGAAGGUUAAGAGGGGGGGAGCACGUCAGAUCCAUUCCUUCCUUGUGGACCGUAAGCUGAGGCUAAUGAUCAUGUUCCUAAGCUUUGCCCUGGAACCACUGGCUAAAUUUCAGGAGAUACUGGAAGAGGGUUCAAACUUUGGCCAGAUCCUCAAUGUUUCAUCUGGUCUGAUUCAAAGCUACACCUCUAGUUUCCUCCAGUUGACAGCCAUCGCACGUUACCUCAGGAAGUAUGAUGACUCACUUCUAAAAGAUGCAGCAGAACACCUUCCCAUAGGCAAGGUGAAAGUGGGCCACGAGGUUGAAGAUUUCCUGUCUUUGCACAAGGCAGAGCUCACUGAAUUGUUGGAAGAUUUCCACAAGAGCACGGUCUCUUUCUAUGCAGCAGUCACGUCCAGCAUUGUCAAGAGCCUGCCUCUCUCCACUGUAGCCUUUGUAAACAUGGCUGCCAUCUUGAAACCAGAGGGGAGGUUUGAGGUGACGAGCAGAACCGUGACGCACAUUGCCACCCAGAUGGGCCUGUGCAAGAACAAAGGGGAGGUGGCCCAGCUCACGGAUGACUUCCUUGAGUAUCAGCUCUGUGAGGAGAUGGGCAGCCAGCCUGAUGUGGAUCAGCAUUGGAAAGGCGCGUUGAAGAUCAUGGGAAAGGCAUCCAUGUUCCGUAAACUCAUCCUCAGUUGUAUGUCUUUCCCCAGAAUACUAAAAGAGGACAAGAUCUUUGCUCAGAUAUUUCAAACAGAUGUUGAGAGCAAGAAGGAUGCACCAGAGGUCACUAUCCCACAGAGGCCACAAAGACCAUCAACAUCCACAUUGUCAGAAACAAAACCAAGUAUAUCGGAAUCUAUAGUAAAUGAUGAUCUGGAGGAGGAGGACAUGGAUGACAAUGAGGAGAGCUCAGCAUCAAGUCUUAAUAGACAAAAACAAGGUUACCCGUACCAGGAUGGGAGGGGAUUUGAAGCUGGCGAUCUGGUUUGGGGUAAUGUGACUGGCUACUCCAGAUGGCCUGGGGAGGUGUUGCCAUGGCGAACCAAAAAAACAAAGCCUGGCAUCCGCAAAGUGAAGUGGUUUGGGGAUGGAUUACUUUCUAGGGUUCAUGUUGGUGGACUUCACCCUUUCCCAGCUUUCGCUGAUAGCUUCUGCCACAGAUCUCUUGCUACUCUUGCCCCAUACAAGACUGCUAUUCUCCAGUCCCUGCAGACAGCAGCAGAGCGGUGUGGGAAGAUAUUCUCAUUUAAGACCGAUAACGAAGAUGAGCUUCUGCAACAAACGUUGGAUUGGGCUUUCAAUGGCUUCAUGCCCUCUGGACCUGAGGGCCUCAAGCCUUUACCCCAGACAAACAGCCCCACAGAAAAAAUACCGAAAAGGAAUGGCUUGCCGAACCACUUAACAACUUCUGUGAAAAACACAAAAGUGGAUGAGUCUAUUCUGGCCAGAUUGAAACAAGUAUCCGUGUGUUUGAAAAGAAUGAACUCCUUACACCUGGAGAAUGGUACCGAUACAAUAGCCAUGAAGCCGAAACCCAUUGAUGGAAAUGGGACAAAGUCUCCUCAGACCGAAAUUCUGGGUCGUCCUAGCGAGUACGAAAAUGGCCUUGAGAAAGACCAAGCUCAGAAACGAUCUAUAGAAAGUGAGUCAGAGUCAGAAUCCGAGUCAGAAUCCGAGUCAGAGUCAGAGUCAGAAUUCAAGCCAGAGUCAGAGUCAGAGUCAGAAUCAGAAUCUGGAUCAGAGUCAGGCUUCAACAACAGAGAUAAAAUGGUAAAUCAGGUUUUGGUCAAGGGGAAGAAUAUUGAAGAUUUCUGCUUGUCCUGUGGAAAGGCUCAGAUCAGCAUCUUCCAUCCAUUAUUUGAAGGAAGUCUUUGUUUAAAGUGCAAGAUUAAUUUCACUGACACACUUCACCGCUAUGAUGAGGAUGGCUACCAGUCGUACUGCACGGUGUGCUGCGCUGGAUCGGAGGUCAUCCUGUGUGGGAAUCGUAACUGCUGCCGGACAUACUGUGUGGACUGCCUGAAUAUCCUGGUGGGUGCGGGUACCUUUGACCGGCUGAAGGAGGUGGACCCCUGGAUCUGUUACCUGUGUGAGCCCAGCAGUGCAGGAGGUGCCCUCAAACCUCGGGAGGACUGGAGUAUCCGUGUCCAGGCGUUUUUUACCAAUGACAGCGGCUUGGCGUUCGAACCUCACCGGGUUUACCCGUCCGUCCCAGCCAGCCAGCGAAGGCCCAUCAGAGUUCUCUCCCUGUUUGAUGGCAUAGCCACAGGAUAUCUGGUUCUGAAAGACUUGGGAUUUAAAGUGGACUCGUACGUGGCAUCAGAGAUUGAUGAGGAGGCCAUUACUGUAUCCAUGGUGAACCAUGAUGCUAGAAUUGUCCGCAAGGAUGAUGUUCGGACCAUUACAAAGGAACAUAUUGCGGAGUGGGGGCCGUUCGACCUCCUCAUCGGAGGAAGUCCGUGCAAUGACUUGACCACUGUUAACCCUUCUCGGAAAGGAUUAUAUGAGGGAAUGGGGAGACUCUUCUUUGAGUUCUACCGUGUGCUCAACAUCCUGAGGCCCAAAGAGGGUGACCCCAAACCAUUCUUUUGGCUGUUUGAGAAUGUGACGUGCAUGGCUAACCGAGACAAGACUGACAUCUGUCGCUUUCUGGAGUGUAAUCCAGUGCUGAUUGAUGCUGUGAAAGUCAGUCCGGCCCAUAGAGCUCGCUGCUUCUGGGGAAACCUUCCUGGAAUGAACAGGCCCAUCAUUGCCUCUCAGAAUGACAAGCUGACUCUACAAGAAUGCUUGGACGUUGGCCGCACAGCAAAGGUUACCAAAGUGAGGACCAUUACCACAAAAUACAACUGUCUGAAGCAAGGCCCAAAAGAUGUGAUUCCUGUCACCAUGUAUGGGAAAGAUGAUCAUUUGUGGAUCACAGAGAUGGAAAAGAUCAUGGGGUUUCCCAAACACUACACGGACGUGAGAAACAUGGGACGUCAGCAGCGGAUGAAGUGCCUGGGUAAAUCCUGGAGUGUCCCCGUCAUCAGGCACCUCUUCGCACCUCUUAAGGACUAUUUUGCUUGUAAUGAGUUGACUACAGAUACCACCACCAAUGCAACAGGAUGAUCAUCAAAGAAAUGUAUUUGUAUUGGUGAUGAAUUUUAGGGAACUUAAUGUAUUUAGUUUUUAAAUGGUGUUCUUAAAUCGUGUUCUGAUUUUUCAUGUUUUAUAUUAUGAAAUGUGAAACACAUUCAUCUCAUACAAAUGUAGUCAAGUUUGUUGUGAGAUUUUUAUUUUGCCAAGAGAAGUAUUCAAAAACGAAUUCAUGAUGACUACAAUUAGUUGUUUCUGCAGGAUCCAUCUAUGAUGUGUUUUAUUCCCAGGGAGCGUCCAUAUUGAUGGACAAAAACUCAACUAAAAUUGUUGGCUUUGUGUAAAUGUGUCUAUUAAAAAUGGAAAUCAUCACAAAUGUUGCCAAUGUCUGUCAAAAUGCAAUACUGUCAAAUACAUGUAACAACUAGGCCUAUGCGUACAAUAUAAUCUACUACAACACAAUU